GACCACCAUCUUAUGUUUUCCUGUCAGCGCAUCGCCUACCCUAUGCGUGUUCAGCGGCUAUUAACCGAAUCGUAUACAAUCUGCAAGCUGCCGAUGGCCGCCUUUUGUUAGACAGACCUCGCGGGGAAGCCUUCCGUCGAUGACCAACCCAUCGCGAUCUGAACUUCCGAAUCUUUCGCGUGGGUGCCCCGUAAUUGAAUCAACCAGCCACUAUGUUACUCUGGCACCCAACUGGCACCUUUUGCUUUCUCUGGUCCUCACGCGUGCCUCUCGCAAUUCCAGUCACGUGCCCUCUGAAGUUCAACCAUGCGCGUGACCGCCCGACACUCAGCCCGACGGUGACGAUCCGACGUCAUACAGCGCUUUCCUCUAUCCCAAAGCGGCUCAUGAGCUCAUGGACUCUGUCAUCGCGGGGCGCCUCAGGCGGCUAUAUAACCUCGCGAGCGUCUAACAUUUCAGCACAUCUUCAUCACCUCGAACAAAAAACAUGGACUCUACCAGAAAUCAGAACACCUCGACGGGCGCGUCUACUCACAACAAGCUCAAAGGCGCAGCCGAAGUUGUCCACGGCCUCGGCGAGACCAUCCGCGGAAACCUCUUGAGCACAGUCGAUCCCAGCAACAAUGAGCACAUAGUACGCCAAGGCGAGCGCGAGAUGCGAGAGGGGAACGCAGAUCUGUCGAGAGGCGCGGCAUCCUCGAGGACAGGAGGUAUGACCGGUCCUCCUUCCCAUCGCAUGCAAUACGCUGAACGCAAGCCAGAGUCAGGCGUUCCUGGCGCAGGACACAUGACCACCGCGCAGAGCCAGACUCACGCAUCCUCUACCCAGCAACAGCAGCCUGGCAUCAUUUCUGGCACCGCUGGCUCUACGCAGCAUGCACACCAGAACCGCCCUCACGGGAUCCCUGAAGAUCGGCCUGGAGACCGUGGCUUCGUUCCCGGCGCUCAAGGCGGUGGAUUCUGAGCUUUGCUAGCAUGAUAUAUAUCUGUUCUAACGGAACUCAACUUGGAGAUAAUGUAUAGUACAUAUAUCAGUCCAAUUGAUAUUUGAAAACCAUCUUGAAGCUGUCC